CAAUUGCCACCCAAACAAACUCCAGUCAAGAUGCGUCGUUAUCUGGCCCUGGCAGCGCUGCUGCUGGCCUGCAGCCUAACCCUGGCUCAAUACCAAUACCUGGCGCCGCAGCACACGCUCCGCGAACAGUUUGGGGAUGUGGUGGAGCAGCUGGUGGAGGAGCCGGUCAGCGAUGUGAAAGCACGUCCUUCGCGCGUUGGCUGCAGCACCAAGGCCAAUUGCUUCUGCGGCACGCCCAAUGUGAAUCGCAUUGUGGGCGGCCAGCAGGUGCGCAGCAACAAGUAUCCGUGGACCGCUCAGCUGGUCAAGGGCCGCUACUAUGCCCGUCUCUUCUGCGGCGGCUCGCUGAUCAACGAUCGCUACGUGCUGACGGCGGCGCAUUGCGUGUACGGCAAUCGGGAUCAGAUCACGGUGCGUCUGCUGCAGCUGGACAGAUCCUCGUCAGAUCCGGGCAUUGUGCGCAAGGUGGUGCGCACCACCAUCCAUCCCAAAUACGAUCCCACUCGCAUUAUCAACGAUGUGGCGCUGCUGCGACUCGAGUCGCCUGUGCCGCUCACUGGCAACAUGCGUCCCGUCUGUCUGCCCGAUGUCAAUCACAACUUUGAUGGCAAAACCGCCACCGUUGCUGGCUGGGGCCUGGUCAAGGAGGGCGGCACCACUAGCAACUACCUGCAGGAGGUGAGCGUGCCGAUCAUCACCAACCAGCAGUGCCGCGCCACACGCUACAAGGACAAGAUCGCCGACGUGAUGCUCUGCGCCGGCCUGGUCAAGUCCGGCGGCAAGGAUGCCUGCCAGGGCGACAGCGGCGGGCCACUGAUUGUCAACGAGGGCCGCUACAAGCUCGCCGGCGUCGUCUCCUUCGGCUAUGGCUGUGCUCAGGCCAAUGCCCCAGGCGUCUAUGCUCGCGUCAGCAAAUUCCUGGACUGGAUCAAAAAGAACAGCGCCGAUGGCUGCUAUUGCCAGAGCUAAGCCUCUUACCCACCCACUCCCCCUUCAACUGUCUUGAACACUUAAAUUAUUUUAAAUUAUUUCACAAACCAUUAAUAAACUGAUCACGAAACAUUCCAGAAAUGCGAUCUA